UACUUUACACUCGUCUCCUCCUCCCUCCCCCUCGGUUGGCCGCAAUUGCUGAUCCGGCUCCCACCCCCGGCCCGAAUCACACUCGUGACUGCGCAGGCGCUACUCCUCCUCGUCUGGCCCAGGUCUUCGGUAGAUUAGCGGACGUGGAAUGUUGUCAGCAAGAAUUGGACCAAUUGGAAGAAUUGACUCGGAUCUGCCUCAACAACGGACGUCCGAGAGAAGCAAUGGAAAAAAGCAUUCCGGCCAUGAAAAACCGGUGGCAGAAAGCAGAAAGCUACCCAAAAGUGGAUAUGCCUACCGUGAUGAGAUGUAUUCAUCCUAUUUCGUGUAUGAUAGUCGAUUGCCACAGCAACUACUUCGUUGCUUCAUCGACAAUCCCACCACGAAAUGUGAUAUUGGAGAAUGCCUGGCCUUCCUCGAAAUGCACAUCUGCCCUCUGGCCGAGUCGUCAACGAGUUGACAAUACGCGCAGCGCCGACAUGGUUCGAGUCCCGCGAGGUCGAGACUGCAGCCCACUUCAGCUGGGAUGA